AUGGCCUCAGACUUGGUGAAGUUGAACCAAUGGAUAGCUGUGCUCCUCCAUGGUAUAGUCACCUAUGAAGAUGUGCAUGUGAACUUCACUCAGGAAGAGUGGGCUUUGCUGGAUCCUUCUCAGAAGAGUCUGUACAAAGAUGUGAUGCUGGAGACCUAUAGGAAUCUUACUGCUAUAGGCUACAUUUGGGAAGACCAUAAUAUUGAAGAACACUUUGAAAGUUCUAGGAGAUGUGAAAGGUAA